AUGCUUAAAGAUAUUGAUAUUGAACUUGAAACAGGGGUGACCGCUUCCAUCAAGCAGGGCAAUGGCUACCAACCAUCUUUAGGCUCCGAGGAUGGCAGAUUUUGUCCUAUUGCCGUCCAGCAUGUUGACGGACGGGCAGUCCUGAUCAACGCCACCAUCAAAGAAGAAGAUGGAGAUCUCGCCCUCAGCUCAGCAAAGAGGCAAAUCUGUCGGGCUGUCAGCAAACGCUGGCACCAAAGACUAGUCGGAAGGCUUCUAAUGGGUCUCGUCGUCGGCACUGCCAGAGUCAAACAGGUCAUACAUUGCGGACCGCGACCGCGUUCCCGCGGGAAGCAAGGACCACCAAUCUCGCCAUCUCGAGUCUAUCUCGAAGACUUCACCCUCGACCUCCUACUCACGGAAUCACUCCACAACCCUCACUUGCUCUUACGCUCGGCAUCUUACCCCCUGAACGCCGACUAUUUCGGCUCUGCAACAGCUGACAACGACAAGGCUCUCGGUCACCAACCGGCACAGUUCAGCAACGAUGUCGACGACAAAUCCACUAGCACCUGUAUUGAGCAUGAGGGCCAGGAGGUCAUCGUCGUCAGACGGGUCAUCGACAGAGCCAAGGUCGCCUGGCUGCUUAUUCUGCUCCUCUUCUUCUCGCCUGCCUUGGGGAUCGGGGUCGGCAUCUGCUCUCAUAAUGCCGACGUCGGUAUUGCUGUUAGCGCGGGUAUCGUUGCCCUUGCGUCGUUUGUGCAGGGACUUGUUACUUGGAUACAGGGAUGA